CAUUUCCCCUCUCCCAGUGCUCCCAGUGCUCCCAGUUUGCCCAGCCCGCCAUGUCUCUGGCCGACGAGCUGCUGGCGGACCUGGAGGAGGCGGCGGGCGAGGAGGAGGAGGCCGAAGGCUCCGAGGGGGGGGAGGAGCCCCCGAUCGAGGACGUGCGGGAGGAGCCGGAGCCGCCCGAGGGCGCCGAGUCCGUGCGGAGCAUCGCCAAGCUCUGGGGCAGCAAGGGGUUUGCUGAGAUCAUGCAGAAGAUCGAGGAGUACAUCGGGAAACAGCCGCGGGCGGCCGAGGUUUUGGGGCCGGUGGAGGCGGCGCCCGAGUACCGGGUGAUCGUGGACGCCAACAACCUCACGGUGGAGAUCGAGAACGAGCUCAACAUCAUCCACAAAUUCAUCCGGGACAAAUAUUCCAAACGCUUCCCGGAGCUGGAGUCGCUGGUGCCGAACGCGCUGGACUACAUCCGCACCGUCAAG